CAAACUGCAAAAUGCCAAAUUGUCAAUACAUACACAAACUUCAUCAUACCAGUAGCUUCUAUAUCUUUAAUACCACAAAGUCCAUCGCCAUCUCCGUCGAAUCACCACCCUUCCAUAUCAUCGCAUCCAUGGCGCCAGUUACUAGUGAACACGGCUACGAUCGUCUAUCAGAAGUGAAAAAAUUCGACGAAUCAAAAAUCGGCGUAAAGGGAUUAGUAGAUUCCGGCGUCACCACCAUCCCCAGCUUCUUCCACCAACCACCGGAGAAUCUCCCUGGUCCAAAACCUAAAAACCAACCGAAAUUAACCGUGCCUGUCAUCGACUUAUCUGCAGAAAGAUCAACCGUUGUUGAAGAAAUUCGACGAUCAGCUUCCACACUAGGGUUUUUCCAGAUCGUCAAUCAUAGCAUUCCAACAACGCUAAUCGAUUCUGUUCUUAAUGGUCUGAAGAGUUUCUUUGAGCAACCGACGGAGUAUAAGAUGCAAUUCUAUCACAGAGAAGCAGGGAAAGGAGCAGCUUAUUCUACCAAUUUUGACUUGUACCAGUCAAAAGCUGCGAGCUGGAGAGACACGCUUCAGGUGAGGAUGGCGCCCGUAGAACCGGAUUGGGAUGCGGUGCCGGAAAUGUGUAGGGCGGCACUGAAGGAGUGGGACAAGGCGGCGGUGGGGUUAGCAGAAGAAUUGAUGUCGAUUUUAUGCCAAGGAUUGGGAGUAAAGAGCGACAGGUUAAAGGAGUUAUCAUUUUUGGAAGCAAGGGUAGAUGCGUCCCAUUAUUAUCCCCGGUGCCCACAGCCAGAUCUCACGGUGGGGCUCACCGCCCACACCGAUCCCGGCGCACUAACCGUCCUGGUGCAGAACGAGGUCGGUGGGUUGUUGCAGGUCAAGUGUGGUGACGACUGGGCUGACGUCGAGGCAGUUCCCGGCGCCGUUGUUAUCAACAUCGGCGAUCUGCUUCAGAUGAUGUCUAAUGAUGAAUACAAAAGCGUGGAACAUCGAGUAUUGGCAAACCCUGUUGAAGAUUACAUCGGAAGAUUUUUCAGGAAGGAGCUUGACGGAAAGACGUUGACCAAUUUCUACAGAAUCGAUAACAAAACAGGCUGA